GAUUUUCUGAAUCCGCUAUUGCUAGCUAUACCUCACAAACACGAACCCAAAUCUCUUUACUACGAACACCGAGAAAAAAGGGAUAAAUCGAAAACCCUAGGGUCACUCUCAAAUUUAAUCUUAUCAAGAUCGCGUAGAUUGUGAAUUCAGUUGUUGAGAUUGUGAGCAGUGUACGAGAUUUGUCAGUUGAAAGGUUGUUGCUUUUGCUAAAGCAGUGGUGAUAGUGAAGGCUCAGUGGAGGAUUGUGGACAUGGGUGCUUAUGAUCAAGUUUCUGUUCGGCCCAUGGAUUCUUCUAGAAAGAGGAAAAGUAGGAGCCGAGGGGAUGGGUCUAAAUCUGUGGCUGAGACUUUGGCUAAGUGGAAGGAAUACAAUGAGCAUCUUUAUAGUAAAGAUGAUGCCAGACCAACUCGUAAAGCCCCAGCUAAAGGGUCAAAGAAAGGGUGCAUGAAAGGAAAGGGAGGACCCCAAAACUCACAGUGUAACUACAGAGGUGUUAGGCAGAGGACAUGGGGGAAAUGGGUUGGGGAGAUUAGGGAGCCAAAUAGAGGAAGUAGGCUUUGGUUGGGAACCUUUUCUACUGCCCAAGAAGCUGCUCUUGCCUACGAUGAAGCUGCUAGAGCCAUGUACGGUCCAUGUGCACGCCUCAACUUCCCCCACAUAUCAGAUUAUACUUCUGUCAAAGAAGCUUUGAGGGACUCUUCCUUGGCAGCAUCAUCUCCUUGUUCUUCAGUGGCAACUCCUGCAGCCUCUGACACAACUACUACAUCCAAUCAAUCAGAGGUUUGUGCAGCUGAGGAUGUUAAGGAGAAGCCUCUGCCUGUCAACAUGAACAAUAUGGUUAAUGCUUGUUACAAUGCGUAUGAAGCUGCCUCGCCUACUAGCAAAAUAAAGCAAGAGCCUAAGGAUGAGCCUCAGGAUCUCCCUGAUCCAGGGGGUGGUGAAAUUCAAGAUAUCAUACCUGAAGGAAUGCAUAAUAUUGGGCAGGUUGCAGAGGACGUAAAUAAAGAUCAGAUGGACUUUUCUUGGUUUGAUGGCUUUGAUUUUAAUGGUGAUUACUUGAAGAGCUUUUCCAUGGAUGAGCUAUUUCAGGUGGAUGAACUUUUGGGGGAUAUAGAUAAUAAUCCUAUUGAUAGCACUGGGUUGAUGCAAGGUUUGGAUUUUGGACAAAUGGGUUUUCCUGGAGAUAGUAAUCCUCAGGUGGAGUCGCCUUCAAGCUUUUUCUAUCAGUUACAAAACCCAGAUGCUAAGUUGUUGGGAAGUUUGCCCCAUAUGGAACAAACACCGUCAAGUGUUGAUUAUGGAUUAGAUUUCUUGAAAACAGUAGAGCCGGGGGACUAUAAUGGUGGAGGGGAAGAACCGCGAUUUCUUAAUUUGGAUGAUGAUCUGAACAAUGGUUCAAAGGGAAUGCAAAUAAAGAAGGAUGAUUAGAGGAGGCUGGUGCACAACUCUAUGAUAAGGAUGGGGAUGUUUGACAGGGUCUGCCUCACUUUGCCAACUAGUUCGAGCGGCUGCCAGUAAUUUGUCUCCACGGUUGUUGUCCCUUUUUAGCUAUAUAUAGGUGCGUGCAUAAGACGAAUACAGUUAUACAAGAGAUGUACUAUUUUCAAUAUGUUCUUUUGUUUUUUGAAUACGCUAAUUCUCUAUAGAAUUUUAAAAAUGGAGAAUUUAGCUGACAACAUUUGUUAAUUUUUUCCAUUUACUUGUUUCUCGGAUUCAAAUUGGACUGCUUUUAACUUCAUAGGUGGAGCCGAGGAUAGGCUGUUCAUAAUCGAGUGUGCCAAUACAACAUCUUGAGCACCGAUCUUGAUAGAAGAUUUUCUUGUUAAGUUUGUUAUAUGCUAGGGAAAACUAGUAUAUCUUGAAUAUUAUAGUAUUACAGUAAAUCAUUGCUCGCUUUUGUAUAUAAGAACUGAACAAGUAACAUUGUAUAUAUUGAAAACAUUCUGAAUUCUGUUACUUAUCUUAUUGCGUUCUUUAUUUAUGAUAUUAUACUGGCUUAAAUUUGAUGUGCAGAGUCUACUACGGGUUUAAACUUCGACUAUAUUGUUUACAACUGAAAAAUAGAUCACGGUUUGGUUCUGGAACCUAUCCUCUAUUAACAACUGACCCUGUUCCUUGAUCCAGCGUAUGUGUUGUAGUAACCGAUUCCUUCUUGAGUUAUGGUAGUUGAAAUUUUGAAAUAAUUCGUUAUGAUUCGCAUGAUGCUUGCGUUCUUUAGAGAGAUUUUUGCGGCCCUUUACCCAUUUAAUAGAGUUAGAUAUUCAGCAAUGAAACUUAAUUACUCAAAACAUUAUGAAAUGGCUUUGGACCCAAGAAAAAGAACCAUUAUGAAAUAACUUGAAAAUUUGUAGAUAGUUGAUCUUAGUAAUGCUUUUUUGACAUGAAAACUAUAUUUUAGCUAGAUAUCUAACUUCAUUGGGACUUUUAUUUUCCUUUUUAUUUUAAAUUAGCAAGACAUUUUUCAGAACUUUGUAAUUGUAAUACUCGGGGGUUGAGACAAGUGUUUCACAACUUCUGCCCAGGAAAUAAGCACCUCCUUUUAUUCCUAUUAUCCGUUUGCAUUUUAAUUUAUGUGAAACAAGCUUGCUGCAAGAAAGAAAUAUCAUAAUUAUUCAAUGAAAAUAAAAAAAAUGACUAAUUUUUGCCUUAAACUGGAACCAGAAUUAGAUAUGCGACAAUCACCCAGGGGACCUUAGCACUGUGGGGUCACGGAAAGAACUGAGGAAAGAGAUAGAGACUAGGGUGGAAAGAAAUAAGACAAAAGAGAAUAUGAGUAGAAAAUAAACAGAUUUAAGGUUAAUUAAACG